UCUCGUGCGCUAAUUGCAUUUCUCUACCCUCUACCUCUUAACAUAUCUGUCUUUUUCUCUCUCUAAAGUUUGGCCAAAGCACUGAAUCGUACGUACCCUCUCUAUUUCACUCAUUUACUGCAAGUGUAGUUCAUUGAUCAGGAAUGGCCAUGCAAACAGAGACUCCUCCAGCAGCUCCCAGUGCUCAAGUGGUCGGAAAUGCUUUUGUUGAGCAGUACUACCAUAUUCUCCACCACUCGCCUGAGUUGGUUUUCCGCUUUUACCUGGAUACAAGUGUGUUGAGUCGCCCAGGUCCUGAUGGUGUUAUGACUACUGUGACAACCAUGAAAAGUAUCAAUGAUAAAAUAUGUUCCUUGGACUACAAAAACUUCAAGGCAGAGAUAAAGACCGCAGAUGCACAGGAUUCUUAUAAGGAUGGAGUGAUUGUUUUAGUAACUGGGUGCUUGACUGGAAAGGACAACUUGAGAAGGAAAUUCACACAAACCUUUUUUCUUGCUCCACAAGACAAAGGGUACUAUGUUCUCAAUGAUAUUUUUAGGUAUGUGGAGGAAAAUGAGCCUGACGUAAGUGCACGACCAGUUGUUGGAAUCGAUGAUAUACCAUCAACUUCUCUGAACCCAGAUCCAGAGCCUGCUCAAGUGCUCGAUCCUCCCAAUCUGGACCAGGCAAGUUCUCAUGAACAGGUAGUUGAAAACAUAGAGGAUAUCCAUAACCCAGUGAUUGGGGAGAGGCAAGUUAGUAUUGAAGAGGAUAUUGUGGUGGAAGCUGAAUCUCAUUUAGAUGAAAAUCACAUAUCUGCAGUUGCAGAAUCAGCUUCCUCUACUACCCCAGAGGAUGCUCCAAAGAAGUCAUAUGCUUCAAUUGUAAGUUCACAAUCAAAGAAGGGGCCAACCAAAGUUUACGUACCUGCUAAUACUUCGAGAGUAGCUCCUACGAAGACUGAAAAGCAAUCGGUUGACGUAGCUACACAUGCUUCUGACCCUGAAGCAUCAGCCCGAGCUGCAGCUCUUAAUGCACUCAAAAUCGACGAUUUCCAGGACAAAGUGGAGGGCCAUUCCAUUUAUGUCCGCAAUUUGCCGCUUGACAUAAUGGAUGAUCAGCUUGAGGCAGAAUUCAAGAAGUUUGGAUCUAUUAAGCAAAAUGGGGUCCAAGUUAGAAGCAAUAUGCUACAAGGAUUUUGUUUUGGCUUUGUUGAAUUUCAAGAUUUCAGCUCCAUGCAAAGUGCAAUUCAGGCUUCACCCAUAACUAUAGGGGGGCGUCAAGCUGUUGUUGAGAUAAAGAGGACCACUACUCGAGUGGGUACUGGGAGGGGUCGUUUUCCUAAUUCACGUGGAGGGUUUCGACAAGACAGCUACAGGAUUCGUGGAAACUUUAGUGGCGGACCUGGUGGUAGGAGUUAUGGAAGAAAUGACAGCUUCCGUGGUCGUGGAAACUUUGGUGGUGGACGAGGUGGAGAAGGUUAUCACCAAGGAAGAGGAAGAGGAGGUCGUCGUGGAAGCCCACGUCCAAAUGCCGUUUCAACGUAGGAUGUCCAUCUGAGAUUAAUUGGCGGAAAUUUUCACUGUUUUUGUGGCCUGUGUGAGCUGAACAGUAAAACUUAGUCAUUAAUGUAGUCAAAUUAACUUGUGAAAGUCGAUUUAUUUUUUCUUUCUAGUGCUUCAUAAUUAAUUCUAAACUGGGUUGCCUGAACAAAUGAAAUGGCAAUUAGUGUAGUAUCAGUUAAUCUUUCUAACAUAAUUUUUUAUAGGGGCAACUUCUUCGCAUAGUCGACGAAUGUAACAUUGCGAGAAUCGCAUUUUUCUGUUUGAUGGAGAUGGAGAUUUUUUCAA